AUGAAUCAACUCAAUGGCUCCGUGGUUUCUGAGUUUGUGCUACUGGGUCUCUCCGAUUCUUGGGAAAUGAGGGUUUUUCUCAUGUUGACAUUCUCCUUGCUCUACUCAGGAAUUAUUCUGGGAAACCUCUUCAUUGUGUUUUUAGUCAUUGCUGACUCUCACUUGCGCUCUCCUAUGUAUUUCCUGCUGGCCAACCUGUCCUUGACCGAUGUGUGUCUUUCUUCCAUCGCAGUUCCCAAGAUGAUCUCAGAUCUUUUAAAAGAAUACAAAGUAAUUUCUUUCCAAAGCUGUAUGACACAGAUCUGCUUCAUCCACAUCAUAGGAGGUGUGGAGAUGGUAUUGCUCAUAACGAUGGCAUUUGACAGAUACACAGCAAUCUGUAAGCCUCUUCACUACUUAACCAUUAUGAGCCCUAAAAUCUGUGUUUUGUUUGUGGUCCUUGGCUGGGUCACAGGAGUGAUCCAUGCCAUGUCUCAGUUUUCAUUUGUCAUAAACUUGCCUUUUUGUGGUCCUAACAAAAUAGAUAGCUUUUAUUGUGACUUCCCACGGAUUAUAAAACUUGCUUGCACAGAUGAUGCCAAGUAUGAGUUGGUGAUCGCUGCCAACAGCGGGUUCAUGACCAUGGGCACCUUCCUCCUGCUGCUCCUGUCCUAUGCCUUCAUUCUGGUCACGGUGUGGAAACGGUCUGCAGGGGACGUAUCCAAGGCACUCGUAACUCUGUCAGCUCACAUCACUGUGGUUGUUCUGUACUUCACCCCAUGCAUAUUUCUCUAUGCAUGGCCCUUUCCAACAUCAUCAAUUGACAAAUAUCUGUUUAUUGCUAACUUUGCUAUCACCCCUGCCUUAAAUCCUGUCAUCUACACAUUAAGAAACAAAGACAUAAGGGUAGCAGUUCAAAGACUGAGGAAACAGGGUCAUUUUGGCAGACUUUGCUGA